CAGCUCCGAGCUUGGGGCCUGGGGGAAGGGGACAGUUGAUGGCCCAAGGAAGAGGCUGUAGAAUGCCACCGGGGUCUUGAUCACUCUUGUAAAGGAGGCUACUUUGAGAAUGGUCUGGAGGCUUGAGAAGAGGAGAAAGGGCUCCCAGGGAAGAGUUUGGGCCAGGGUCUUUGGUGUUGGGGGAGUGGUAUUAGGUUCAGGUUAUGGAAAGAGAAGGCUUGGGAUUUCUAGGUGGCUCCCCAUAGGAGAAGGGGCAGCUGAAGGUAGGGAGCCCUGGUGAAGACUCAAUUCCCUUUGGGCUCUAAAAAUAGACUUCGUGAGACUUCAGUCGCCCUAAAAAAAUCCCAGCACCCCCUUUGGGCAUUUAAUCAGAUAAGCCCCAGGUUCAAAUUCUGCCCCUGCAGUUGCCUUGCUCUGUGACCUUGGGUAAAUGACUUUGCCCCUCUGGGCCUCAAUUUCCUUUUCUGCAAAAUAUGGGGGAGGGGAAUGUUUCCUACUUCUCUGGGUAUUUAUAAAGACUAAAAGAUAAUUAGCUGUAAUAAUAGCUAACAUUGUUUGGGACUGAUUGAUGUCCAGGGCUUGGUGGUUCUUUCCCCACUAGUAUAGAUGAGGAAAUUGAGGCCUGGAGCCCCUGAGUCACACAGCAAGUGUUUGGCAGCGUGGCGAAUGGAUGCAGAGGAGAAUUUGAGGGGCUGGGUGGUGGGAUUCUUACCCCAUCCAUUCCCCCCACCAGGGCCAAUUCCCGUCCCCCCAGCAGCAUGGCAUCCUGUGCGGAGCCCUCUGCCGCGGGUCCUGAGCCCGCUGCCCCACCGCCUGCUGGGGUCCCACCACUUGAGGACUUCGAGGUGCUGGAUGGGGUGGAAGACGCAGAGGGCGAGGAGGAGGAGGAGGAGGAGGAGGAGGAGGAAGAUCUGAGUGAGCUGCCACCACUUGAAGACGUGGGGCAGCCUCCACUGGAGGAGGCUGAGCAGCCUGGGGCCCUUGCCCGAGAAUUCCUGGCCGCCAUGGAGCCUGAGCCCGAGCCCGCCCCAGCCCCUGAUGAGUGGCUGGACAUCCUGGGCAAUGGGCUGUUAAGGAAGAAGACGCUGGUCCCAGGCCCACCCGGCUCAAGUCGCCCAGCUAAAGGCCAGGUAGUCACUGUGCAGCUGCAGACUUCGCUGGAGAAUGGCACUCGGGUGCAGGAAGAGCCAGAGCUGGUGUUCACACUGGGCGACUGCGAUGUCAUCCAGGCCCUGGAUCUCAGCGUUCCGCUCAUGGAUGUCGGGGAGACAGCUAUGGUCACUGCUGAUUCCAAGUACUGCUAUGGCCCCCAGGGCAGCAGGAGCCCAUACAUCCCCCCCCACGCGGCCCUGUGCCUGGAAGUGACCCUGAAGACUGCCGUGGAUGGACCCGACCUGGAAAUGCUCACGGGGCAGGAGCGUGUGGCUCUGGCCAACCGGAAGCGGGAGUGUGGCAAUGCCCACUACCAGCGGGCCGACUUCGUGUUGGCUGCCAAUUCCUACGACCUCGCCAUCAAGGCCAUCACCUCUAGCGCCAAAGUGGACAUGACAUUCGAGGAGGAGGAGCAGCUCCUGCAGCUGAAGGUGAAAUGUCUGAACAACCUGGCAGCCUCCCAGCUGAAGCUGGACCACUAUCGUGCAGCGCUGCGCUCCUGCAGCCUCGUGCUUGAGCACCAGCCCGACAACAUCAAGGCGCUCUUCCGCAAGGGCAAGGUGCUGGCCCAGCAAGGGGAGUACAGUGAGGCCAUCCCCAUUCUGAGGGCAGCCCUGAAGCUGGAACCUUCCAACAAGACGAUCCACGCAGAGCUCUCGAAACUGGUGAAGAAGCACGCAGCCCAGCGGAGCACAGAGACCGCCCUGUACCGGAAAAUGCUGGGCAACCCCAGCCGGCUGCCUGCCAAGUGUCCUGGCAAGGGUGCCUGGAUAGGGCUGGUUCCCCACCAGCCUUCAGGGAUGGAUCUGCAACCCAGGCCUGACCAAUCAGAGCGUUCUAGCACCCUGGCCACAGUGAUUGGCUCCACACUGUGACCCACAAUGAGCCAAUCAAAGCCUUCCCUGAAACUUCUUGACCCAGAGGAAGUAGAUACUCUUCUACUCUAGAGGAUGCUGAGUUGGGGCUGAUGGCCUGGUACUGCUGUGGUUAUCUUUGUCUCUAUGAAGAGGGUCCUGAGAGUGAAGGCCAUCCAGAGAGCAGAGCUGAGAGAGAGAGAGACUGAGUCACGGUGAUCCUAUUCAGCUCCUGGAGCUAGCUGUGCCCCGCCCCAGGUCUAUCAUUUCUUCACUCUUUUGAGCCAAUAAUUGUUUUUGCCUGA